AUACUUAUAUUAAGCACCAUUACGAAAUCCAUCUUUGACUUUGAAUAUUAUCCAUCCUUGUCUUCUUGAUCUCUAUUUAAGAGUAGCAAAACCUCCUUUCACUCAAAAUCUGUGUAGAUAAAUAAAUAUAAAUUAUGGGUUCACACAAUCUUGACUCAACAACUAUACCACAACAAGUCUCCAUCGAAGCCUUCCCUUACCUUCGAGUCUACAAAGAUGGAACCAUCGAGAGACUCGCCGGGACCCAAAUAGCACCCACUGGUCUCGAUCCUCAAACUGGGGUUGUCUCUAAAGAUGUAAUCAUUGCUCCUCAAACAGGCGUCUCAGCUCGACUGUACCGACCCCAAUUGCAUAUUAAGCUCCUUCCACUCGUGGUUUACUUUCAUGGAGGAGGUUUCUUCAUAUCAUCAACCGCCGACCCACUUUAUCACAACAGCCUCAAUCAGCUGGCCGCAGAGGCCAAAGUCAUAAUUGUUUCCGUCAAUUACAGGCUUGCGCCGGAGAACCCUCUUCCGGCGGCUUAUGAUGACUGUUGGGAGGCGCUCAGUUGGGUCGCUUCACAUUCCAGCAGCGGCGGUGGUGUUCAGUCACCGGCUACGGAGGAACCGUGGCUGAAAAACCACGUUGAUUUCAACCGGAUUUUCCUCGCUGGAGAUAGCGCCGGAGCCAACAUUGCCCACCACCUAAUCUGCCGAAUAUCGGAGCAGAACCCGAGUCGAAGACUGAUCAAGAUAUGUGGGGUUGCUUCAAUUCAGCCGUACUUUUGGGGAAAAGAAGCGAUUGGGUCGGAGGUGCAUGACUUAGUUCGGAAGAGUAUGGUGGACCGGUGGUGGAGUGUGGUUUGCCCUUCAGACAAGGGAAAUGAUGACCCUCUCAUAAACCCUUUUGCAGAGGGAGCUCCGAGCUUAGAAGGGUUAGAAACUUGUCCUAAGAUACUGGUUGUUGUAGCAGGGAAGGACAUAUUGAGAGAUCGCGGUUGGCUUUACUACGAAAAAGUAGCUAAAAUGAGUAGUAGUUUGGGUUGGGGAGGGACCAUAGAAAUUAUGGAGACACUUGAAGAGGACCAUGUCUUCCAUAUUCUGAAUCCCAAUUCUGAAAAUGCCAAGGCCUUGAUUAAGCGUUUGGCUACUUUUCUUAAUUAAUCAAUUAAGUAUAUAUAUAUAUAUAUAAAUAUAUAUAUAUAUAUAAAGAAAACUACCAAAGCAGCUUUUGUGAAAAACAGAACCAGCUUUAAUAAAUGUCACACAUCUCAUAAUUUUGAAGUUAUUAUUAUGCGUCCAUUUUAUUAAGGUGACAAUAGUUUUGAAGUCACUCUAUUUUGUAUUUCUAGUGUCAUAUACAUCUCAUACGUGUGUUUGUUGCGUAUAAAUAUUGGCAUAGUGAUUAUAAAGUUAGUACACAGUAUUUGUGCACUAUAUUUGCUA